GAAUAGACAUAACAGGUAGUAGUCAGCUCAGCAGCAUUAAGGCCAAAAUCAGCCCACGCCAAUGUGACAAACUUCACUUGCUUCUUUCCUAAACGGAACGCCAAGUCGCCAACACCCGCCUAACAAUAUCACCAUAAAAAUGAUAGCGAACGAGCCAUCACUCUGAUCUGUUCAAUUACUCUUUCUUCGCUACAUCCAAAGUCAGAGAUAGUCUUCCCCUCAACGCUGGGGCCCUUCCCCUAACAACUCCAUCACCCCUUUUUCUUCCCUUCACUUUCUUUAACUAUUUUCUGAAAUUGUUUGUUAAGGGAAGAGAUGUCGGACGCUUUGAUCAAUGGGCUUGCCGGUGCCGGUGGUGGCAUCAUCGCUCAGCUUAUUACCUAUCCUCUCCAAACCGUGAAUACGCGGCAGCAAACGGACAGAAAUUCGAAGAAGGAGAAGCAAAAGCUUGGGACAAUAGAGCAAAUGUAUCAGGUUGUAAGGCAAGAAGGAUGGGAUCGGCUUUACGGUGGCUUAGCUCCGUCGCUAGUGGGCACCGCUGCUUCCCAGGGCGUAUACUAUUACUUCUAUCAAAUAUUCAGAAAUCGAGCAGAAAUUGCUGCGCUUGAAGGUAAGAAGAAAGGAAUUGGUGAUGGAUCGGUUGGAAUGUUCUCAUCACUUCUGGUGGCUGCUUUAUCCGGGUGUGUUAAUGUUCUGCUGACUAAUCCCAUAUGGGUUGUCGUCACUCGCAUGCAGACUCAUACGAAAAAGUCAAAAGGUAGCCAUCCUGAACCUGCAGCAUCAGAGGAUGCAAUCGGUGCUGUGGUCGAACCGCCUCCUUUUGGAACUACCCAUGCUAUUCAAGAAGUCUAUGGUGAAGCUGGAGUUUGUGGUUUCUGGAAAGGUGUUUUUCCGACGUUAAUCAUGGUAAGCAAUCCUUCUAUACAAUUUAUGCUAUAUGAAACCCUUUUGAAGAAGAUUAGGAAACGGCGUGCCUCUAGCAAUAAAGGCGCCAAUGAUGUCACUGCAUUGGAGAUAUUUUUACUCGGAGCUGUGGCAAAGCUUGGGGCUACAGUUGUAACAUAUCCUCUUCUGGUUGUGAAGUCAAGACUUCAGGCAAAGCAAGUUACUGGUGGGGAUAAAAGACAUCAGUACAAAGGUACCCUGGAUGCUAUUAUGAAGAUGAUACGGUAUGAAGGCUUUUAUGGAUUUUACAAGGGGAUGGGCACGAAAAUCGUACAGAGCGUUCUAGCAGCUGCUGUCCUAUUCAUGGUCAAGGAGGAACUAGUCAGGGGUGCUAGGUUUUUACUAACAGGAACUGCAGCUAGUACUGUAAGAUCAAAGCCUCCCUAGAAUUUUCCGACAUAGCAGUCUUGGGCAGCUGCAGCCUGCAGCAUUCCCUCACCACAGAUACCUACAGAAUUAGGACGCAUACAUUGUAAUAGCAUAAGAAAUUAAUUCGAAAUUGAAGAUAAAGGAAGAUGAUCUAGUAAAACGGUUGGCUGUCCAGCAAUAAGCCCAUUCAUCGGUCUCCAUCAUAAGCACAUUAGUCAUGUUCUCAAUUGUUUGAACUUGGAUUGAGCUGUCUAGCAAAUUGAAAAAUGGAACAUAUUGAUUAUUUGAUCCUUUGUUUGAAA